AUGGCAUUUGUGAAUCCCAAUCAACUAAUCUUGAAACACAGACGCACUGCACAGAUUGAAGAGCGUCUAAAUGGCUUGGUGAGCUUGCUGCAAGCAUCAGGAGAGCUGCCACACCAGGCACAGGGACAGCACGACGGCAGCACUCCUGGUGACUACGAUGAGUCUAAUCUUACAUCAUCCCAGAUAACCGAGUCACCCAUAUCUCACAACGCAACUCCGAGCCAGCCGCAGCAGCUGCAGAAAGAAUGGCAUAUUCCAGCGACAUACAACUCAUUCGGGGUAGCAAACUGCAUCUGCCGCCCGGCCCCGGGAGAUGCACCGCCGCCUCCAGAGACAGAUGAUGUCGCCUUGGAGACAUACAAGACUCAGCUGCAGCACCUAUUCCCAUUCGUCAUCAUUCCAAACAAUGUCACAGCCGCGAAGCUCGGUGUAACACGUCCGUUUCUCAUGUCCGCGAUUCGCAUGGUGACUUCUUUCCGCAGCCUGCGCUCCAUGAGAGCGCAGAUGUACGCACUGAAGAAGCAUAUUUCCGACUAUAUGCUGAUUCGUUCGGAACGGUCCAUGGAUCUUCUAUUGGGAAUUAUCGUGAUCCUCGGCUGGUAUCAGUACCACUGCUUCACUCAUGCUCAACUUCACAACCUGCUGUCAUUAGCGAUUUCUCUGAUUGGAGAAAUGGGGCUCAAUCGACAUGCUAUAAUUCAUGAGGGUACCAGACAGAUGGCUGCUCAGCCUCCCGCACCUUCUGCUCGAAGUAGCGAAGAGAGACGGGCCUUUAUUGGCGUCUGGUUUCUCGCUUCUUCACUGUCGACUGUAUUUGGCAGAAUUGAUCCUAUGCGAUACACUUCAUAUGUCAGAGAAUGCCUCACAAUACUCGAAACGGAUAUGGAAUAUGAGACGGACAUUAUCCUCGUAUUUCUUUUGCGGAUCCAGUACUUGACACAGCGCAUCUCCGAAUUGAACCCAAGAGACAACACCAUUGAAGAGUUUACUAGUAUUCCAAAGGCACCCGCGGCGGUAUACGUUUCCGUUUUUCAAAAUGAACUCGAAGAGCUACGAGCCAAGCUGCCGGUUCAUCUCCAGAAUGAUAAUAUCAUCAAAAUGUACUUCAACACCGCCCGUCUGCGAUUAUAUGAACCUCCGGUUGUAGACAAGGAUCUUAUCGCCUCCCUGGCAGAUGAUUUCACGCUCAAUAAUGCAGGCGGCGGAACACCUCUCGAUCGUCUCUACAAUACAAGUGCGGCUAUCACAGGUUGGUUCGAGAACUGGUUCGCCGUACCUGUUGCCCAGUAUGCUUGUCAGACGACAGCUGUGGCGUCUCAGCUUGUGUAUGCGUUGACAAUGCUUGGGAGGUGGGCUCAGCUUGUGACCCCCAAGCCUGUUGGAGAACCCGAAGAUACACAGCGCGGCACAACAGGUCUGGCAUCGUUCGAGCCUAAACCACAGAACGCUCGAAAAACAGCUGCGUCGCCUCAAAAUGUGGACCACUGCUCGAUGCCGCACCCAAUACCUGGUCCAAUGACGCCAGCUGACGGUGUAUUCGACCCGGCUCUGCCCGCGGCCGUCGCGCACUUGCGCGCGCAGCUCAAGACACAUCCCGGCCUGAUGGUCAACGUUGGCGAGAUCUUGCUGGCUAUCUGCAACCGCUUUGAGCAAGCCAAUGCCACUUUCCAGAUUUCUUCGACGGACACGAGGAACGACGAAGCCAAUGUAUGGAGCAUGACUGCGAUAAAGUUGCGCAUUACCAAGGCAAAGCUGGAAAGAUGGGCCGAGCUCGUGUCCAAGGAGGGUGAGAGUCAUUCCCCAGGACAGCAGCUCAAGGCGGACAUGGACACGAGCAUGUCUGGCUGGACGGCUGGGCCUGAGCCCGCGCCUACCUCGGCUAUGAUGCAAACUGGGAGCGGUGCUUGGCAGGGAAUGGACCCCAACAUGCCAGCAGAUCAAAUGCAAAACGUGUAUGGUAGUACCCCGUGGCGUAGCGAUUUGCUUACUGGAGUCGACCCCGCGGUUUGGUUUGAUGGAUAUCUCGAUUGGGGCGCAGUGAUUAUGAACUCAAUGGGCACAGUUGAGCAGUAA